AUGGAUGGCUCUCAAGCAGCUGAAGGGAAGCUUGCACAGAAACUGCUCCAUGACCUCUUUACCAACUACACUAGUGCCCUUCGGCCUGUGGAGGACACGGAUCAAGCCCUGAAUGUGACACUGGAUGUGACUCUGUCCCAAAUUAUUGACAUGGAUGAGCGAAAUCAGGUGCUCACCCUGUACCUGUGGAUUCGCCAGGAGUGGGCUGAUGCCUACCUACACUGGGAGCCUGAGGUCUAUGGGGGUCUUGAUGCCAUAAGAAUCCCCAGCAGCCUGGUCUGGAGACCUGAUAUUGUGCUCUAUAACAAAGCAGACACGCAGCAGCCGAACUCGGCCAGCACAAAUGUGGUCCUUCGUCAUGACGGACGGGUGCGCUGGGACGCCCCAGCCAUCACCCGGAGUUCGUGCCGCGUUGACGUGGCAGCUUUUCCGUUCGACUCGCAGAGCUGCCGCCUGACCUUCGGCUCCUGGACUCACGGCGGCCACCAGCUGGACUUAUGGCCAGGAGCGCCAGGUGCCAGGCUGGCCGACUUCGUGGAGAACGUGGAGUGGCGCGUGCUGGGCAUGCCUGCCCAAAGGAGCGUGGUCACUUAUGGCUGCUGCUCAGAACCCUACCCAGACGUGACCUACACCCUGCUGCUCCAGCGCCGAGCCGCAGCCUACGUGGCCAACCUCCUGCUGCCCUGCGUGCUCAUCUCGCUGCUGGCCCCGCUCGCCUUCCACCUGCCUGCAGACUCUGGGGAGAAGGUGUCGCUGGGCGUCACAGUCCUCCUGGCCCUCACAGUCUUUCAGUUGCUACUGGCCGAGAACAUGCCCCCGGCGGAGAGCGUGCCCCUCAUCGGGAAGUACUACAUGACUACCAUGGCGCUAGUGACAGCAUCCACAGCAUUGACCAUCCUCAUCAUGAACCUGCACUACAGUGGCCCUGGAGUCCGCCCAGUGCCAGCCUGGGCCCAAACACUUCUGUUAGGCUACUUGGCCCGAGGGUUGUGUGUCCGGGAGCGGGGAGAGCCCUGUGGGGGUUCCCAGCAUGCCCCAGUUCCUCCUCACUCCUCAAUGCACCCAAAGCCUCGCUUGGGACCCGGAUCAGGAGCUGGGCCAUGCCCAGAGCCACGUUGCCCCUGCCACCAGGAGGCCUUGCUCCGUCAUGUGGGUGCCAUUGCUGUGGCCUGCCGGAGCCACCGGGCUGCCCAGCGUCUCAGAGGAGACUGGAAGCGUUUGGCACGGGUGGUUGACCGGUUUUUCUUGGCUGUCUUCUUUGUCAUGGUACUUGCCAUGAGCCUGCUGGUCCUGGGCCAUGCCAUCUGA